AUGACUGGGAUUCAGGGUGGUGUUGGUAUCCUAGCUGGGAUUUCAGUUGGUUUGUGUACCAUGACUGAGAUUCUGGGUAGUGUUGACAUUACCUAUCUUGACCAUGCUGGUACAACACUGUAUGCACAAAGCCAGUUGGAUAAUUAUUACAAGGAUUUGUCUGAUAAUGUGUAUGGAAACCCUCAUAGUCACAACGCCAGUAGUCAACUCACUACUGACACAAUAGAGCAAAUCAGAUACAGGGUGCUUAAACAUUUCAAUACCACACCAGAAAACCAUACUGUCAUUUUCACAUCUGGUUGUACAGCUUCACUUAAGCUAUUAGCGGAAUCAUUUGAUUGGUAUGGUGGAAAUGGUGUUGCAAUUGACUCCAGUUAUUUCUGUUACCUUGAAGACAAUCAUACAUCUGUUGUUGGAAUGAGAGAAAUUGCUGCUGAGAAUGGUGCACAAAUUUUGUGUCUUUCAUUGGAGGAGUUUACUUCUUCUAUCCAGUUAAGGUCCCUACCAUCCACACCUAAAACAGCAAACUGUCUAUUCGCAUACGCUGCCCAAUGUAACUUCUCUGGUAGAAGAAAUCCAUUGGAAUGGGCAGAUUCAGUAAAAUCUCAACAAUUUCAACCAGGUAACUGUUACCAUGGUAAAUGGUAUGUCGCUUUGGAUGCAGCUUCACAUGUGACUACUGCGUUCUUAGACUUGUCAUCAUGCCGUGCUGAUUUUGUAACAAUAUCGUUCUAUAAAAUGUUUGGUUUACCGACCGGCCUUGGUGCUUUGAUAGUGCGUAAUGAUGUGGCACAUCUCUUAAAAAAGACUUAUUUUGGAGGUGGUACUGUACUUGUUUCUAUUAAUAAGGAGAGAUUCCAUGUCCCAAGACCUAGCCUCCACGAAAGAUUUGAAGAUGGGACUGUGUCUUUCCUAGAUAUCAUAUCUCUAAAACAUGGAUUUGAUGCUUUCACUAGAUUAGCAGAGGUUAGUAUACUAUGGGAAUUUGCAGAGGUUAGUAUACUAUGGGAAUUUGCAGAGGUUAGUAUACUAUGGGGAUUUGCAGAGGUUAGUAUACUAUGGGAAAUUGCAGAGGUUAGUAUACUAUGGGAAUUUGCAGAGGUUAGUAUACUAUGGGAAUUUGCAGAGGCUGGUCAUGUCUGUGGUGAUAACUUUGACCUCGUAGAUGGUUUGCCGACAGGUUCUGUUCGAAUUUCCUUUGGUUAUAUGUCCACUUAUCAGGACAUAAAAACAUUUCUUGAUUUCAUUGUCGAAUGUUUUGUUGUUGAAGCAUGCCAAAAUGUACCACACCAGAGUCAUUAUGAAAGUACCAUAUCUCACCACUCAUCUCAAAUUAUUAAGCAGACUUUAGUAACUAUGGCAACCAUAAAUAAAAAAGAAGAGUUGUCCAGAAGAGAAUUUGAUCAUCCAGUGCCAGGCAGAAAUGAAAAGUUGAUGAGUUCAGCAAAUGAUGUCAUUGAAGGAACCCAGGUUAUAGAUAACAAGCAGUGUAAAAGAAAACUACGAGGGAUAUUUUUAUAUCCUGUCAAAUCCUGUGGUGCAAUGGAGGUUACUAAUUGGCCAGUCAGUGCAUGUGGUCUACUUUUUGAUCGGACUUGGAUGAUAGUUAAUCAAAAUGGUGUAUUUCUGAGUCAGAAAAGAGUGAUUAGAUUGUGUUUAAUUAAACCAAGAGUAGAUUUGGAGGAGCAGCAAUUAAUUUUACAUGCAGAUG